AUGGGGCGCUUAAGUUACCCUCAAGAGCUGGACAGUCCGUCCCGGCAACUCGUGCUAGAAUUGGCUCGAGAUCUAGAGCAACUCCGCGUUCACAAUACCGAAUUGAAGAAAGUCAAAGCCUAUGAGCGCCGGUCCUUCUACGAGUCUCUUGACCGGAUCGAUAGUGAACUAGAAGCCCAACACAAUGAAGCCCUCGAUAAAGUUGCCAAACUGCAUGACCAGGUACUGGAGGAAGCCGAAGAAACCUUGCGAGUGCACCAGCGAGCGGUAGAGGAGGAAAAUCGCCGCAAGGAAGAAGCAGCCCGUAGGGAGGCGGAGCGCAUCGAGCGUGAGAAAGCGGAAAGCUACGCCGCGGCAGAGGAAGCCAGAAAGAAGGCUGAGGCUGAGGCGGAAAGGCAACGACGGGCAGCGCAAGAGGAAAAGGAACGGAAAGAACGGGAACGAUUGGAGGAAGAGAACCGGAAGCGUCAAGCAGAGGCACAGAAAGCGGAACAAGAAGCGGAGCGAGAAGCGGCAAGGCUGAAGGCUGAAGCUGCACAAAAAUCACGGGAAGAGCAACAGAAGAAGGUCGGUGGGGCGCGUUUAACGGAGGAAGAGAUCAAUAUGCAAGCACGCUAUGUAGAGUUGCACCAGCAUCUCAAGAAGUUUAGACAAUACCUGAAGGAUGAAGGAAAGUCCAACACGGUGGUCAAACAGAACAUGGGUGACAUGCGUCGAUCCAUCAAGAAAUGUGUCGGUCAGCUACGAGAAGGAAAGGGCACUAACAAGGGCCAGCUCGUAGAAAUUCGCGCGACCCUCGAGAAGGCUGCCUCUAUCCCUGAACCAUCUGUCGAUAUCCGCCAAUUCAUGGCCUUUCCGCCAGAGGACAUUGCCAAUUCCGAAGACAACAAGGUGCCGGCUUUGUUGAUCUACGCCCUAAAUAUAUUCUCGAAAUCUUUAAUCUCGUCUCUAAUCACGGAAGCUUCUAUCAAUCCCGGCCAUGCAGAGCCAGUUGGAAUUGUAGCUGCGCAGAUUUUCUCCAUGGACGCCUUUGUUUAUAAAGGUCAUCAUAUGGUUGACAUACUUUGGGCUAAGUAUCGCGUCGUCUGUCCGGCACUCUGGGGAUUCUACGGCAACGAAAAGACCGAAGCCGGUAGGCGUGCCUUGGGAUGGUGGCGUGAAGCGCCAGGCGGUCCUUUUAUCAGCGAACAGGUCCAUAUGGACCGAAUGACAGCUCUUGGUGCUGGGUUUGCAGCGCUAACUCUGCGCAAUUUUGGAAAAACCCCGCGGAAGAAUCCAUUUCCCAACCACAUGUUUUGGCUUGCGAUGCAAAGGAUAUUGAUGAUUCCCCCGAGCGAGAUUCAAGAGACACAUGUUAUCUUGCUUUCGGCCAUGCUCAAAUCUUCUGCUGAAAGGAUCGUCGGCUUCUUUGGCCAUAUCGGUCUGGCAUUGAUGAGGAAGGCCAUAGUCGAUUUACCGAACAGCGUUCCUCGUCAGAGUAUGGGCGUUAAUCAACUGAAACUUCUGAAAGACUUGUACAAGCGAGAGAAGAACAUAGUCAUCUGA